UGUCACUCGCUCUCUCCCUCUGUGUAUAGAGGAUGUGCUGAAUGGUGCGCUUUGAGGCGGCGGCGGAGGAGGAGCAGGAUCCGGCGGUCGCUGGCAGCUUUAGCCGCCUGGCUCGGCUUCUCUUCAUCUUCCGAGGCUCGGCAUCCACCGCGGGCUUCCGACCCCUCGUCCCGCCCGGGGCAUGGCCGGGCGUUGCGCCCCCGCGCGCCCCGCCUGCUAAGCGGCGCCUGAGGGAGGUGCGGAGGCCAGGAGGCCGGGGGAGGCCGGCGGGUGAGCAGAGUCGAGCGCCUCUGGAGCAGAGAAAGGAGCCCGCGCCUAGUCCCUGCCGUGCUCGCCCGGGCCACCCGGAGCCCCGAUGAGCCCAGAUGGCUGGGGCUCAACCCGGAGUGCACGCCUUGCAACUCAAGCCUGUGUGCGUGUCCGACAGCCUCAAGAAGGGCACCAAAUUCGUCAAGUGGGAUGAUGACUCCACUAUUGUUACUCCAAUUAUUUUGAGGACUGACCCUCAGGGAUUUUUCUUUUACUGGACAGAUCAAAAUAAGGAGACGGAGCUGUUAGAUCUCAGCCUUGUCAAGGAUGCCAGGUGUGGGAAGCAUGCCAAAGCUCCCAAGGAUCCAAAAUUACGUGAACUUCUGGAUGUGGGGAACAUUGGGCGCUUGGAGCAUCGGAUGAUAACAGUGGUGUACGGGCCAGACCUAGUUAAUAUCUCCCAUUUGAAUCUCGUGGCUUUCCAAGAAGAAGUAGCCAAGGAAUGGACAAAUGAGGUUUUCAGUCUGGCAACAAACCUGUUGGCCCAAAACAUGUCCAGGGACGCAUUUCUGGAAAAAGCCUAUACUAAACUCAAGCUACAAGUCACUCCAGAAGGGCGCAUUCCUCUUAAAAACAUAUAUCGCUUGUUUUCAGCAGACCGGAAACGAGUUGAAACUGCAUUAGAGGCUUGUAGUCUUCCAUCUUCAAGGAAUGAUUCCAUACCUCAAGAAGACUUCACUCCAGACGUGUACAGAGUUUUCCUGAAUAAUCUUUGCCCUCGACCUGAAAUCGAUAACAUCUUUUCAGAAUUUGGUGCCAAAAGCAAACCAUACCUUACUGUUGAUCAGAUGAUGGAUUUUAUCAACCUGAAGCAGCGAGAUCCCCGGCUAAAUGAAAUACUUUACCCACCUCUGAAACAAGAACAAGUCCAAGUACUGAUUGAGAAGUAUGAGCCCAAUAACAGCCUCGCCAAGAAAGGACAGAUAUCAGUGGAUGGAUUUAUGCGCUAUCUGAGUGGAGAAGAAAAUGGAGUCGUUUCACCUGAGAAACUGGAUUUGAAUGAAGACAUGUCUCAGCCCCUGUCUCACUAUUUCAUUAAUUCCUCGCACAACACCUACCUCACAGCUGGCCAGCUGGCUGGAAACUCCUCUGUGGAGAUGUAUCGCCAAGUGCUUCUGUCUGGUUGUCGCUGUGUGGAGCUGGACUGCUGGAAGGGAAGGACUGCAGAAGAAGAACCUGUCAUCACCCACGGAUUCACCAUGACGACGGAAAUAUCCUUCAAGGAAGUGAUAGAAGCAAUCGCAGAGUGUGCAUUUAAGACCUCACCUUUUCCAAUUCUUCUGUCAUUUGAGAACCACGUGGAUUCCCCAAAGCAGCAAGCCAAGAUGGCGGAGUACUGCCGACUAAUCUUUGGUGAUGCCCUUCUCAUGGAGCCACUGGAAAAAUACCCACUGGAAUCUGGAGUUCCUCUUCCCAGCCCUAUGGAUUUAAUGUAUAAAAUCUUGGUGAAAAACAAGAAGAAGUCACACAAGUCAUCAGAAGGAAGUGGCAAGAAGAAGCUCUCUGAACAAGUGUCCAACACAUACAGUGAUUCCUCUAGCGUGUUCGAGCCCUCAUCUCCCGGAGCAGGGGAAGCUGAUACCGAAAGUGAUGAUGAUGACGAUGAUGAUGACUGUAAAAAAUCUUCAAUGGAUGAGGGGACUGCUGGGAGUGAAGCCAUGGCCACGGAGGAGAUGUCUAACCUGGUGAACUAUAUCCAGCCAGUCAAGUUUGAGUCAUUUGAAAUCUCAAAAAAAAGAAACAAGAGUUUUGAAAUGUCUUCCUUUGUGGAAACCAAAGGACUCGAACAACUUACGAAGUCUCCGGUGGAAUUUGUGGAAUAUAACAAAAUGCAGCUGAGCAGAAUAUAUCCAAAAGGAACACGUGUGGACUCAUCCAACUACAUGCCCCAGCUCUUCUGGAACGCAGGCUGUCAGAUGGUGGCCCUUAACUUCCAGACUGUGGACCUGGCAAUGCAAAUCAACAUGGGCAUGUAUGAAUACAAUGGGAAGAGUGGCUACAGGUUGAAGCCAGAGUUCAUGAGGAGGCCGGACAAGCAUUUUGAUCCGUUUACGGAAGGCAUCGUUGAUGGGAUAGUGGCCAACACUUUAUCUGUCAAGAUUAUUUCAGGUCAGUUUCUUUCUGAUAAGAAAGUUGGGACUUAUGUUGAAGUGGAUAUGUUUGGUUUGCCUGUGGACACCAGGAGGAAGGCAUUCAAAACCAAGACUUCCCAAGGGAAUGCUGUAAAUCCUGUCUGGGAAGAAGAGCCAAUUGUGUUCAAAAAGGUGGUUCUUCCUUCUCUGGCCUGUUUGAGGAUAGCAGUUUAUGAAGAAGGAGGUAAAUUUAUUGGCCACCGGAUCUUGCCAGUACAAGCCAUUCGGCCAGGCUAUCACUACAUCUGUCUGAGGAAUGAAAGGAACCAGCCCCUAAUGCUGCCAGCUGUCUUUGUCUACAUAGAAGUGAAAGACUAUGUGCCAGACACAUAUGCAGAUGUGAUCGAAGCUUUGUCAAACCCAAUCCGAUAUGUGAAUCUGAUGGAGCAGAGAGCCAAGCAACUGGCUGCUUUGACACUGGAGGAUGAAGAAGAAGUAAAGAAAGAGGCUGAUCCUGGGGAAACACCAACAGAGACUCCAAGCGAAACCAAGACGACUCCUUCAGAAAAUGGGGUGAAUCACACUACAUCCCUGGCACCCAAACCACCUUCCCAGGCUCUGCACAGCCAACCUGCUCCAGGUUCUGUCAAGGCUCCUGCCAAAACAGAAGAUCUUAUUCAGAGCGUCCUAACAGAAGUGGAAGCACAGACGAUUGAAGAGCUAAAGCAACAGAAAUCAUUUGUGAAACUUCAAAAGAAGCACUACAAAGAAAUGAAAGACCUGGUGAAGAGACACCACAAGAAAACUACUGACCUGAUCAAAGAACACACUACAAAGUAUAAUGAGAUUCAGAAUGACUACUUGAGAAGGAGGGCAGCUCUGGAGAAGUCAGCCAAAAAGGACAGCAAGAAAAAAUCAGAGCCCAGCAGCCCUGACCAUGGCUCAUCAACAAUUGAGCAAGAUCUUGCUGCCCUGGACGCCGAAAUGACCCAGAAGUUAAUAGACCUGAAGGAUAAACAACAGCAGCAGCUGCUUAAUCUUCGGCAAGAACAAUAUUAUAGUGAAAAAUACCAGAAGCGAGAACAUAUUAAACUGCUCAUUCAAAAGUUGACAGAUGUUGCUGAAGAGUGUCAGAACAACCAAUUAAAGAAGCUCAAAGAAAUCUGUGAGAAAGAGAAGAAAGAAUUAAAGAAGAAAAUGGAUAAAAAGAGGCAGGAGAAGAUAACAGAAGCUAAAUCCAAAGACAAAAGCCAGAUGGAAGAGGAGAAGACAGAGAUGAUCCGGUCCUACAUCCAGGAGGUGGUGCAGUAUAUCAAAAGGUUAGAAGAGGCACAAGGUAAACGACAAGAAAAACUCUUGGAGAAACACAAGGAAAUCCGCCAGCAGAUACUGGACGAGAAGCCCAAGCUACAGAUGGAGUUGGAGCAAGAAUACCAAGACAAGUUCAAAAGAUUGCCCCUGGAGAUUUUGGAAUUUGUGCAGGAAGCCAUGAAAGGGAAGAUCAGUGAAGACAGCAAUCACAGUUCUGCCCCUCCCUCCUUGGCCUCUGACCCUGGAAAAGUGAACCACAAGCCUCCCUCCAGUGAGGAGGUGGAAGGAGAGAACCCAGGAAAAGAGUUUGAUACUCCUCUGUGAUUGCUCCUGCUAGGCCACUCAAGCUCCAUUGAACUCUCUCUUCUAAAGAUCACUGCCCAGGACCAUCUUCCUGAGAAGCAUCCCUUAGCCUAAAUUCAACACCAAAUGGAGAGUUCCAGAAGGAUCCAUACAGAGGUUUCAUGGCCAGGCUCCAGGUGUCAUGCAGAAAAUACUGCAGUGAAGAAUGCAUGUAUGUGGGAUUUUUGUUUUCUUUCUAAUAGUAAAUUCAAAGCAGGCAACUCCCAGGCUCUAUGGAACAUUAAAUGACAGUAUCUUCUUUGAAGAAACUUCGAGCUCCUGUUUUUAUUUGAAACUCCGGUGUAAAGUAUUUCAAAGUAAUAGAAAUAGAUUGAGAAAUGCAUAGCACUAUUUAACACUAUUGAUCAUCUGACUUUGAGCAUUUUUUUUUCCUAGCUGCCUCUCAACUCAAUGUCUUCAAGUUCAUAUGCAUAUUAAAUGGUUUCAUCCUUUGCUUUGCAAGCACGGGUGGCUUGCAGUUUGCUAAUUUAUUUAUCAUAGAGGCAUCAGUAUCUGUUGCUGACAUGGCUUUAUUAGAUACCAUAGUGAUUCAAAUAAGCUGGUUUUUCUCUUUUGCAAAACAAAAUCACUUGAUUGUAUCCUUACCCAGUGAAGCCAUCCCAAGACUUAGCAAUAUGGAUUGUACAUUUGGCUGCAUGAGCAAGUUGGCUGCACAUUUUCAGGCAGUGUGUUAUCUGAAAUGACUAUUUGCUCUCGAAGUCUGGAUAUUCAUUGGCUGUUGGCCUGAAAUGAAUGAUCAAAUAGCUACAACAGGUCUGUUCUGUUAAACAAAAAGAGUUGAGCUGAUAUGUGUUAAGCAGAAAUUCAACUAGAAUAAACAGGUUCCAGUGGAUAUUUUGCUGUCUGACAUUUUUUAUGGUUCAUUUACUUUUAAUAGAGAGGGGAAGAUUAACUAUUUAUCAAAAGAAUACACAGACCCAUGUAUAAUUAUAUAUAUGUAUAUAUUUAUAUAUUUAUAUACAUAUAUAUAUUCCAUGUUUUUGUGUAUGCACUCAGCCACACAUGUGUGUGUUGAGUAUAGAUGUGUCUUUAUUAAUUGGCAAUGACCCAAAUCUCUUCCACAAGACUUAAAACCAAUUUCAGGGAUAAAUGGUUAGAGAAGAAAAGGGUCAAACAUUUAGAUUGCAUGGAUAUUAAAUUAUAUGGGCAUGCUAAGAAACAAUUGAUGGAGUUGUUGGUGUAAGUUGAGGAAGAUUUAGAACUUAAGAAUUUGGUAAAUAUUUUGCAGGAUCAAAAAUUGGAUUUAAGUAUCAGAUUUUCAGCUUAUUUUAAUGGUCAGAAUAUACAAAAGUGUAUUGGACACUUAUUUGGAAAUUUAUUUGUAUCUUCCAUAAUGUUUAAUUGAUUUCAAUCUUAUUCUAACAUAAAAACUUUUCAUUAUGUAUUUAGUAUGUACAUUUAAUUCACUUAACUAUGUCUUUUAAGUUCCUAUUUUAAGUGGCAUUAGAGAAACAAAUUAUAUCAUGGUAAAACUGAUCAAAACCAUUAUUGAAAGAAAGAAUAAUUAUAUUUCAAAAUAUAAUUUAGAGAGUGAUACAAAGAACAUUGCAGAUAAAGCCCAGAAGCAAAACAUUCACAGCUUUCUUUAUUUUAAAAUAAACCUCUGUGAUUGUGGCUUAGAAAAGCAUUUUACAAUGCAAAACCCAGUUGUGUCCUGAAAGUUGUGUUUCAAAAUUUUAAUAUUUUAUGGAAAUUAUUUUAUUUAACUUUAAGCAAUAACUAGGGAUCAUAAUUAAGUUUUAAUCAAAACGAAAGCUUACUUCAGAUAUGAGGAAAGACCUUUUGAUUAAGAAAACACAUCUAGUGAGACACGAGAGGGAACAUCACAUCCCCUUUGGAGAUGAUUGUAUUUUGAUCUGAAGGAUUUAGAGUGUUAAUUAGAUACUUAAUAAAACUUAACUUUCACUGAAAGCAAAAUCUUUCGUAAAUCAUUCUACCUUUGCACUUUGAAAGGAAGGCAUAAAGAGGCAAGGAUGGUCAAAAUUGAAUGCUGCUUUUUUAUAAACAAAAUUACAGACUGUCUAAACUUGCAGAAGAAUGAACCGAUAAUAGCUUUCAUAACCAAACACAAUGGUAAUUAUUGCAGGAUGCUGUAUCACAUUUUAGUCCAGAGAUAGGCUAAGGUUGAAUAACCUUGACUUACACAAAACUGUUUUGGUAGCUGGAUUUCAUUAUCUUAGUGAUUCUAGUCAUUUUACAAUACGUUUGUAUUUGGCCAUUAACUGUAAUCACAUUUUUAUAUCUGUACAAUGACACUUUUUGCAGUUGUGGGGUAGUGUGUAACACUGUGUGUCUUGCAUCAUUGAAACUACUACAGUGAUAUUAUCAUUUAAUAAUAUUAAUAUUACUUGAAAAUAGACAAAAAAAAAGAUAAAGAAAAGGGUCUAUAUGAUGUGCAGUUUUUGUGCCUUUAUGUAUUUGCCUUGUUCUUUGUUGAAUGUGUGAAACUCUGUACUGUGGUUUUUCCUAUAAUAGAAAGUAGAGUCGUGUAUUAAAUUAGAUUGUGUCCCUGACACCUUUACACUACUGAGAAUGGUGUGGUUUCGGCCGUGUAAACCAAUUUUCAAAGUUCUAAUGACAUGCCAUGUGUUUUGGUUUUUAACAUUUCAACAUUUCAAUACCACCAUACAUGAAUUGAUGCUCCUCUAAUAGAUAAGCAAUCAUUAAAUAAUUCUCAAAGAAAGGGCCACUGCUUGCAUUCCUUUGAAUUUAAUGUCUCGCUUGUGCAUUGUAUUAAUAUUGUUCGUGACAGAUUGGACUUUGUGACUUUUGCCUUUUAAGAAGAAAAAAAAGAGAUAGGACAAAGUAUUUGAAGCUCUUAAAAUGUACAUAUUUUGGUUCUUCUAUCUUCAAUUAUUUAAAAUGCAUAAUUCACAUUUUUGUAAUAAUUCUAUGCAAUUUUGUGGCAUGAUGUUUCUUCCACUUGUAAUUUUAUGUGCUUUCAUCACAAAUCCAAAGGAAACAAUAAAAAUUUCUUAACACAA